UGCAAAUAUCACAGUCAUCCUGACCGGAUAGGAAACGGACGUCAAACAUGAUCCUGAUAGCUUUUUUCUGCUUUAGCCUGCUCAACUUCGGGCUGACAGCGGGCCAAGUCUACACAAGCGAUGAAAAGGUCACAGAAUUAAAUGAAUACAUACUAGAAAACUACAUAGCAAGAUUGAAUAACGAUUUUCCUGAUCUGGAAGCAAGGUUUGCAGGUGUAUGGGUAAAAUGUGAAACGGAAGUGAACCGGACCAUCGAUAUCUGUCUUGACUGCAAAGAAAGAAACCAAAAUUCUAGCGGCCAGUCAGGGGGACAAGGCAACCAAAAUUCUAGCGGCCAGUCAGGGGGACGUGGCAAGCUUAACUUGGACAAAUUGAUUUUAGGUCUUGUACCAGCUCCCCUAGGAUUGGUAUUUCGAGGCAAUUUUGCAAAGAAAUUUCCAAAGUUUUUUACAAAGACAAUUCCAAAAAUUGGCGAAACCGGUGUAAAGCAUGUGGGAAAAUUUUUCACCGGCACGUUACCAGACACGGGAAAGAAAGUGGGCAAAUUCAUUGAGAAAAAAAUUGGAAAGCCCGUGAAAACCUUUUUCACUAAAACAUUACCAGGUGUUGGGAAAAAAAUCGGAGAAGGCUUCAAAAAGUUUGGAGACCUCUUUGGCCGCCGUAGAAGGGCCGCAUCGCAGUGUCCUUCUUGUGACUUAAUUGACACCGAAAGCAAAAGUUCAGAACAAAUCGAUAGGGACGUUUGUGGUGAUGCAGCUGCCAAUAUCUUUCGAGAGUACGCCAACACAGUCGCCAUCUUAAAUUGGCUCAUUGAAGGGAACAACAUCGUAACCAAGGUGUCCUACAGGAAAUCAGAUAUGGUCAAGAUACCCUCACACAAUAUACACAGUGCGAAGCCUUUCACUGUCACCUACAGUAUCGGACUAAACGACACUCCAAAAAAUUAUAAAGAAACUACUGCAUCGCUGAACAUAGCUGAUAGCACGAGCACGAACAAGGCGUUUGGAAAGGCCCUUGCUGAUAAAAUCUGGAACGAGUAUGUAUUUGGAGCCUAAUCCUAAGCCAAAACCAGCAGCUAUGUUUUUACUUCUUAUUAUCAUUUAUCUAUUUUAUUUACAUUUUUGAUUCGUAUUUCCCCUUUUAAUAUUAAAUAUUUCUGCAAUGCCAA